UUUCUUGGUUUGAAUCAGUGUUAAAUUGUUUCAGGUUGUAACAUUUUCCCCUGGUUCAUAUAUUUCAAUGCUUGAUGGCUAAAAGUGAUGAAAGAUGGUAUUUUACAAAGAGAGAAAUAGAACAAUCUCCAAGCCGCAAAUGCGGCAUGGAACCAGAGAAAGAAAUUUAUUAUCGACAUCAGGCUGCCACCUUGAUCCAAGAAAUUGGUCAACGGCUGCAAGUAGGUCAGCUGGUCAUCAACACAGCCAUAGUCUACAUGCAUCGCUUCUACAUGAUGCACUCCUUCACAAGGUUUCAUCGCAAUGUCAUUGCGCCAGCUGCUAUAUUUCUAGCAGCCAAGGUGGAAGAGCAGCCUCGUAAACUGGAGCACUUGAUUAGAUUUGCACAUCUCUGCAUCCACAAAGAUGUUCCUGCCCCAGAUGUCACUUCUGAGGCAUAUCACGACAAAGCCCAAGAAGUUGUGGUCAACGAGAACAUUCUCCUGCAGACACUUGGCUUUGAUGUAGCCAUUGAUCAUCCACACACACAUGUUGUCAAGUGUUGCCAACUUGUUAGAGCCACCAAGGACCUGGCCCAACGGUCCUACUUCAUGGCUACCAGCAGUUUACACUUGACGACAAUGUGUCUCCAGUACCGACCUACGGUUGUUGCUUGCCUUUGCAUCUUCUACGUCUGCAAGGAGAACAACUAUGAAAUUCAGCGACAAACAACUGAAGGUAUGGACUGGUUCUACUACGUAGACAAGUCUGUGACGAUCUCCCUGCUGGACAGCAUGUGCAAGGAGUUCCACAACGUCGUUGACAAGUGUCCAGACAAAGUGAGGAAAGUGAUCCGCUCGACCAGCAGCUUCCCUCCACGAGUGAGCAACCUACCCAGGCCGGCAAUUCAGCCCCCUCCAUCUCACAAAGUGCCUUCUGCUUCGAACCCGGUUGGGAAAGCUCCACCAGCAACCACAGCAACACAGCCACCCAACCGCAUCAGCAUCAAGGAUUAUGAAAAACGCGACAGAAGUAGAGAAAGAACACAGCCGCAACAAAUGCGUCAUGCAUCUUCUACUUGCCCUACAUCUUCUUCGCGUCCUCCUUCUACGAAUGCUAUGUUACCUCAUGCUUCCAUACAACAGCAACAAUUACAGCAGCAACAACAAUUCCAGCAGCAGCAGCAACAACAACAGCUACUUGUUUCCCAGACGUUGGCUGGCAAUAACAACAACAGCGGUAGUGGUGGUGGUGGUUCGAACCAUCACCACCACAAUGUGUCAUCAGCAGGCCCUGUGCCAACAGCUAUGAGUGCUGUGGGUGCAGGAAGUAAACAUUCUUAUAGCAGAAACUCCCAGAAUCAUCAACAAGUCCGACAUAGGCACGGACAUGAGCAGCAACACCAAAAUCCAGAUAACUUACGGUGGAUGCAAGACCGCAACAAAUAUAACGAGCAACAACACCAGCUACACCAGCAGCAGUUCUUGCAAGAACAACAGCAGCAGCAGCUGCAGCACCAGCAGCAUCAACAGGCGCUUAGAAGAAGUGCUAAUAUUCCUGAUAGUACUAGCCAGCGAAAGCUUUCCGCAGAACUCCGGCUACAGCAAAGUGCUCUGAAACAACAAGAGUACAGAGUUGACCCGCAAGUCGAGUUUACAACUGAGAUCAAACAGGAGAAAAUGCCAGUUGUUGAAGUGAAGCCUGAAAAAAUUGCAUUAACUGAGAUCAAGAAAGAAUCUAGUCAGAAACAUUUGAUGAAGGUGGAGAAAUAUGAGGGCAAAGAUCACAAGUCCUUAUUGAAAGUUGAACCCAAAACUGAAUUGAAGGAUGACCCCACUGAUAACUUCAUAUUCAACAACAAUGACAGCACCGACUUCAGCCUGAGCGACUUUUUGACGUUUGGUGACGCGCCGCCCGAGAAUAUUUUUGAUACUCAGUGCCCCACAGAUCCCAACUCGAGCCUCGCUCCUGCCACCCACCACAGAGGUCUGUCCCCUCCACCACCCUCGAUGCCUGCAAGCCAGUUAUCUUCAUCGCAAAAGCAGCAGCGGAGCUCUGAACCGAACCCCUCUAUUGUCCAUAGAAACCAACAGCAGCAACAGGAGUUAGCGAGACAAGAAGCUCAAAAGAAAGAGAUGUUGCGUCAACAAGAGGCGCAAAAACAAGAGAAACUGAGACUGCAGGAGAUCCAGAAGCAAGAACUGCAACAACAACAGCAGCAGGAGGCACGAAGGAAAGAGCGUCUCAAAAUUGAGGAAGAGCAAAAGCAAGAGUUGUUGCGUCAACAGCAAGAAGAUGCUCGUAAGCAGGAGUUGAUUCGACAACAGGAAGCUAAAAAACAACAGCAAAUUCUGCAACAGCGCCAACAGGAGGAAGAACAGAGACAACUCGAGCAUCAAAGGAAGCAACUCGAGCUCAUGAAAGAACAAGAGCUUAAAAAGCAACAACAGCUGCAGCUCCAGCAAGAACAAAAGAUCUUAAAGGAGCAGCAAGAAAUGAAAAGGAAGGAAGAAGAGAAUGCAAGACGGGAGAUGGAAGCUAUGCGGCGGCAACAGCAGCAGCAACAACAGCAAAUGCUUUUGUUGCAACAGCAACAAGAAUUGGCGAGCCAAUCGCAUUCUAAUGGCAACAAUAGUCGAGAACAUAAAUCAAGUAGCAGCUAUAGAAAGAAAAUACGUGAUCAUCACAUCAGCAGUAUGACAAACUCCCCGGUUGCCUCUACUGCUGCAGGCAUUGGUGCAGGAAUUUUAAGUCCAGGUACCAAACCAUAUCGGCCUGAACACCAUCCACUACCAGUGGGAUCUACGGCGGCGAAGGAUCUUUUACCGGAGUUAACUAAAGCUGCUUCUACCCGACCCAGUAGUCCAAGAAGCAAAAGUUCUAUGAUGCUUCAGCCUCCUCCUUAUCAAGCCAGAGAUGCUUUAGCUCUGAGUGAAGAAACCCCCAUGGAUUUGGAAUUUUUAAGCAGUCGUGACUCUCGAAGAGACCACAGACCGUCAUCUCAUACUAGUCUUAGUCUGUCUCAAUCUUCGUCAUCCAUGCCUCCCACGCAGCCGCCACACGCAGCAUGUCAUCCACGAGUCAGUGCCCCGUCCUCCCACAAAUCCAGUUCACAAAGAUCAUCCAGCUCAAGUUUAUUCAACACGGAAAGUCCGCCACCUCCUUAUCCUUUAGUUAACAAAACAGAACCUUUGCAUCCUUCGCUAGGAGGCCUCGGUAGUGAUUCAUUAGUAAAGCCUGGUAGCGAUCCUUCAAAGGCUUUCAAAUCUCAUCGGCACGAUCAAUUAAUGGGCGACCCCUCCGUUUCUAUGGCAAGCUCUUCCAACUUAUUAGGCACGGGACCUCUUUCACCUCAGGUAAUUUCUCAUAAAAAACACAAGAGUGAUCACCAUAAACGGAAAGAGAAGAAGAAACAUAAGCACAAGGAGAAAGAUAAGCACAAAGAUCGCGAAGGAAAAGAGCACAAGAAAGAGAAGAAGAGUAAGAAAAGCAAGGACAAGGACCGAGAUCGUGAAAAGAAACGAGAACCGCUGCCUGUGCCCGAACUUGCUACGCCUUCUCUGAAAAUUAAAAUUUCCAUGGACAAAAUAAAUGCUACUCCUGAAGUGAUGAAGAACGUUCAGGAACCAUUGGCCCCCAUCCCGCCAACUCCAGUGGUGUCCAUCGCCGAUCCUUCCACGCCGAUCUCCACUCCCGGCAGCGGAGGCCUCAAACUCAGGAUCUCGAAAGCGCUUAUUCAGCAGACCAGCGGAGGUGAAAGUUCAGGGGAAUCAAGCUCUCGCAAGUCAAGAGGAUCCAAAGAUCCUCAGAAGGAAUUCAGGAAGCGUGACCGGGAUUCCAGUCCUGUGGAAGCGGGGCACUCUGCCAAGCAGGCUCGGCUGAGCGUGCAUCGCCCGGCACCGCAGGUGCUGGAUUCUUCUAGAUGGGGACUGUAGAAGAUGCUCAUCCAUUGUGUCUACUUCAUCACAAUCAUCCGUCGUCAUUUUGAAGAUCGAUGGCUCGUGCGUCUAAGGUUCCACGGAAAUGUCGACUUCGCGUGCGGCGGUAAUGAAAAUGAUCGCCGAAGAAAAAUAAUUUAUGAUGAUAGCCUUCCAACCACCGCAUUUAAUUUGCUGUGGUUUUUUUCUUGCCUCUCCUUGUGUACUGGGUACUGUUGUCAGCUUUAGGCGGUCGUGAAGAAAUAUUCAUCAUCGAGUAAAAAUCGGCUGAGCUGGCCAGAUUCUUCUGAUGUCCAUCUUCAGAUGCACGGAAGAGAAACCUAGGAGCCAGAACUACCGAUGUUGAAUUUUUUAUUUGAAGAAAAGAUUCAAUGAACGUAGCCGAUAGCAGAAUACUUCGCAAUGAACCAUUUCAUGUGCGUGUAUAUGAAACAUUGUUUCAUUUCUGUUGCUGAUGAUAACGAUCUUGCACUCAACAUUACUCCACGAAAAUCACCGGAUUUACGUGCAAGCACACGCAAAGAAACAUGAACACAUUCCUAAGAACAUAGCUAGUACAUGAGCCGAUGCCCUGCCUUGUGCGUCGGCAACUACAAAUCCGGAGUCCGCGUGAUCAAAAAAUUUAGACCUUUGAAAAUCGCCUCGUUUUCACGACCGGAAAAGGAGUGCAUUGCUUCCUCUACCUUCCGUAGAGCCUUCAGUGUUUGGCCGGAGUAGGUGGCGGAACCUCUAUCUACGUACUGGUUUAUGGGCUGAUCUUUAUAACUGUGUGUUGCGUGUGUGGUGUUCUGUAGUAACGCUUGCAUCAUCUCCAUCAUCACUUGCUACCUUUUUUCAUCUUCUCACGAGAUUCCCCGAAACUCGAUGAUAACAAAUGCCAGUGAUGUAGUACGAGUAGCUCAGUAAGUGGUUUCUCUAGCGACCGCUUGGUGAAGGAGAGGAGCGGAUGUGUGCACACUAUCUUUUUGGUAUUAUAUGGAGGUAUGGCAGCAUGACCAUGUUUUUUGAUAUUCGUCAGGGAAUCUUAAUGGGUUGUCGUCGGGAGUACUGAACAAAUGUAGGGAUUAACGUCGUUAAUCUCAAUAACGUAUCAUGCUAGAUGUUGUCCACAUUUGUUUACUAUACGUUUUUUUUAGUUGUAUCAUCACUCCGUCUAUAUGUUCUCGGUCCUGAGUGAUUGAUGGAACGAGGAAUACUAGAGUGGACACUAUCGUAUUGUUCAGUCUUCGAAAUGCAGUGUUAUAGUACGUUAUUUACCGACUUCGGACCUGCUGUCUUGACGUUGCAAUUACAAUUUUGAUGUAAGUUUUUGUGAAUUAAAUAUUUGCUCUUGAUCAUGCAUAUUAUCGUCCCUCACCUCGCUGUUACUUAAUUAUCGUAUAUGAAGGGUGUCUAUUUCACGCAAGUGAGCUUAGCUAAUUUUUUUUUCAUGAUUUAAAGUGUACGUUAUUCGACAGUUUACUUUUUAUCGGACUAGCUUUUAUCUUGGGUUAUUAUUUAUUCUCCUCUUGUGUCUCGUAUCGUUUAGAUUAAUUUAUGAUGUACGGAUUCAGGGAUGACACGCAAUGCUCGCGCUUCUCUGGGGCCUCUUGAUUGGACGGUUUAGCGUGGUGACCAAAAAAAUGCCUUUUUUUAUUUUAACUUCUGGGGCGACUGGUACAAAAUUCUCCUUCAUUUGCUCAAUAAGAAAUUGGCUUUGGUUGAUUUUCUGUCUAAUUUGAUGCCUUUUAUUUCGUUGUCCGUUAUUAAAUGAUAUUUUACGGGUACCUAGCAUUUACAGCGCAAAAAUUCAGUAAUUGUUUCUUUUCACUCUAAACUUCCCAACUUGUUCCCAAAAUGCAAUCUUCUUGAAAUGUCGUAUUAAAGUCAGUUUACGUUGAUCGAAUAGUUUCAAGGUCUUUUGGAAUAUUUUUCCGUAACUUUUUUCACUUAGGAAAUCUAUGCUCAUAGAAAGUAUUUGAAUAAAUUCUUUACACGUGAUAAAAACGGUAAUGUUCAUCGCUGUGAUUUAGCUUUUUCCUGAAUUAACCCUUGACUUGCUCUUAGCGCAGAAAAAGUAAUUGUUCGUUCAGAUAUUUCUUACGGAACUGUUGAGUUGUCUUUCUUUUGUGAAAGCUUUCAUAUAUAAUUCUGUUGAUUCAAGGAAGAUUUUUUUCUGUGAUCUCUUUCUUCGCUCUGGAUUAUUAUCACGAUUUCCUGAUAACGUGCAGUUUUUAGGCAGUCGUGUACUGUAGAUUAAAUUUUGCUCGCAAUAAUCACGAUCAUUUGCUCGUCAUGUACGCGUUCAAAUUAUUCAAGUCAACUUUCUGUACCAAGACUAUCGUGGAGUUGAAUGCCUCUUUUUUUUCUUCUAAGUGAUUGUCGAUGAACCUCCUGGCUUGUUAACACCCAUUUAGCCAGCUUGUUUCUCACCUGUUUUUCUGAAAUACUGCGACUAUUUUCUUUUCUAUAUUACAUCACGAGGGGCCUGACGUUAUUCAUCUGAGGUCCCAUCGUAAUUUACGUUGCGACGAGCUUUAGUUUUUAGCGAAACCUGAUGUACAGUGAGAGCUUGUGCGUUGAACCGCCAGUAUCUCAAUUUGUUGU